AUGGUCAAAUUCUACAACCACAUCCCCUCCGACCUACAAGAAUGGGCCCUCAAACAAUCCAUCUUCUUCGUCGCCUCGGCCCCUUUGACAGGCAGCCACAUCAACUGCUCCCCCAAAGGACGACCGUCGGCGACGCUGACGAUUCUAAACGAGAAUCUAGUCGGAUACAUGGAUGCGAGUGGAUCGGGCGUGGAAACCAUCAGCCACGUGUACGAGAAUGGUCGGGUCACACUCAUGUUUUGUAGUUUUGACCGCUCACCACGAAUCAUGCGAUGGUUUUGCAGAGGACGGGUGGUUGAGACGGGACAUGCAGAGUAUGCGAUGUGGGUAAAGAGGAUGGGGAAAGCGGAGUAUCCUGGGAUGAGAGUCGUUGUUAUUUUGGAUGUUCUCAAAGUACAAACUUCCUGUGGCUUCGCAGUGCCACUCCUCUCUGGCAUUGUCGAUUCUGACCAAGGUUCUCGGGCACGCUUCGAGGAGCGUAAGACAUUGGACGGUUGGGCAGAGAAGACGAUAACAGUGGCCGGUGGUAUGGAGGAUUACAGGGCCAAGAUGAACACGAGAAGCCUAGAUGGUUUGCCCGGCUUGCGGAGCGCCAUGGAGAGGAAUGGGGAAAAUGCCAAGGUGCAAGAGAUGCUAUGGUGGUUCAGGCGGACGAUCUCACAGUGGCAGCCAAUGUUGUUGGGAGCCAUUAUGACUCUGGUGGCGGUAGCUUUGCUGCGGGUAUUUGUGGUUGGUUCGAGCAGAUGGACAGCCUUUUCAAUAGUGUGAAGUGGACUGAAAGGCAAGUGAAAGGGGAAGAAUGUGAAGAGAGAGGAAUUGAAAAGAAGGGGUUAAGAAAGGAGAAGGUGAAUGCGAUAGGAGUGAAGCACGUGUUUUGUCAUGUUCAUAUAACCGGUGCGACAAUGGUUCCUUUACCAAUAACCACAUCCUCGG